CUGUCAAAUAGUAAUGGCAUGGUUCGUUUCGUUUCUUGCGCGACGUUUCUCGAAAAUUACGAUUUUUCGAUGUCAUUAGAUCAGUUGCACGCGGUUUAUUAGUAAGUGUAUUGUGUGUUGUUACAAUCUUUAGCUCUGCAAUUGAGUUCGCUGACCACGACUUGUCAAAAAUCUUGACUGUCACGAGUUUGACUUGACUUUUCGCGUGUGGAGUUCUCAAGAAUUCAUAUCCUGAGAUCUUGAACCGAUCAUCAUAAUUGAAAGAUGGCCAAAUGGGGCGAGGGUGACCCUAGAUGGAUCGUGGAGGAGAGGCCAGACGCUACUAAUGUGAACAACUGGCAUUGGACGGAGAAAAAUGCAGGGCCGUGGUCAAAAGAUCGUUUGAAGGAGUUGUUGAAUAAAUUCGUGAUUGCUCAGAAUGGUGUGGACUGUAAGGUGACUGAGGUGGAGAAGAUAGACGGGGAGGCGUCAGCGAACAAUAGGAAAGGAAAGUUAAUAUUUUUCUAUGAAUGGGACAUUAAGCUGAAGUGGGAAGGAACCUUGGCUGGUAGCAAGGAUGUGGUGAAGGGGGAGGUGCACAUACCGAACCUGUCCGAAGAAAACGACGUUAGCGAAGUGGACAUCUCUGUCACAAUUAAAGGAAGUGGGGAAGAAGCCCAAAGAGUCAAAGCAUUCAUGCACAAUGUAGGCCGAGAUAAGAUCCGGAAGCAAUUGACCGAAUACAUCCGAAGUCUCAAGGAAGAGUUCUCCAAAGGCCUCAUCCUUCCUAAAAAGGGUGAAGGGCCCGUCAAACCCGACAAUGUCUCGAUGAUCACUAGUGGAUUUAAUAAGAAGGUUUCUAUGGACCCUGUAGUUUCAACCAAGACUAAUCAAAUUGGAUGCAAAUUGGACACUAAAUCCAUUGAGAUAUCGGAGAAAUUCCAAUGCCGCGCUCAGGAGUUUUAUGACGCAAUGACUCGAAUAGAAAUGGUCACGGCUUUCACACAGGGCCACGUUAAAUUGGACGCAGAGAAGGGCGGUAAGUUUGCCCUAUUCGGCGGAAACAUAACAGGAGAGUUCAGGGAAUUAGUACCACCUAAGAAAAUAGUCCAAUACUGGAGAUACAAGCAGUGGCCCGACCAACACUUCUCAGAGGUCACCUUUAACAUUGAGGAGAAGGACGACCACACUCUAGUGACAGUGAAACAGGAUCUCGUACCGACGGCCGAGGUGGACCAGACCCGCGACAACUGGCGGCGGUAUUACUUCGACAGUAUUAAGCGCGCGUUCGGCUUCGGGGCCUUCCUGUGAUCCUGUACGCCAGUACAAUAAUUAGGUUCAAUUUUACCAGUAAUGUGGUUCGUUCCAAGAAUUCAAGCAAAGAACGACUUUUAUAUAACGCAGAAUUUUCAUUUUAUGUAAAUUUUGUAAUGCAUCUGUGAUGUCUGACAUAUUGUGCCGGUUUUGAAUGCGUUGUAUCUAAGGUUUGGAUUCGGGGCAUACAUUAGGUAGAUUCUUGAUCUAUUAGUGUAAUGUUUGACUUUGCUGUGAAAAAUUAGGUUAAUCUGACAUUUGCUUACACCUAAACUGCUUAAAAAACGUCCAAAUUUACAGUUAGCUUAAGAAGUAAAGUAGUGCAAUGAAUUAGGUAGGUUAAAUCCAUUUUUGGCCUAAAUUUCGACAACUUUCGGUUCAAAACAUAAUUAUUUACUUAUAAGGCCUUUUGACAUACUAAAAAAUGUGUGGUGUGCCAGAUUUUAUUUCAUUGUUCUUAGUUUAUUUUAAUUAAUUUCAAUAAUCUCUAUAGUUUAAUCAAUUUAUAAAAAAAUGAAUUGGUACUUAUAUGCCCUGAAUACAUACCUCUUAAAGCAUAAUUACUUAUUACACUAAAAUCUGAGAAUCUUAGUAGCUGUAUCGCUGUUAAUUUGCGCUUAGAACAACUUACAUCAAUACAAAUAAAUGCACAGUAUAUAAUAUUAAUUUUAUUUAACCCCCCAAACUCCUCCCCCAUCAAUUCUAAUUUCUACUAUAUUACUCAUAAUAUGCGAAAUGGCAACACCUAAAAAUAAUAACUUCCGUAUGUCUUUUCAAUUCUUGGAACUUUUUUUUUAUUCUCUGUAAUUGAAUGUAUAAAACUGAACUGCUAUGUUGCUAACCAGAGCGAAAGUUAGUUUUUUUUUAAUAAUUCAAAAUAAUUAUUCGUAAUCUAUUGUGCAUUUAUUUGCAUUGAUUAAAUCAUUUCUUGGCUUAACUUUGUAAGUAGCUGAUGAUUAUGUGUAACCGUUUUUUUAUUUAUGGGAUGCUCCAAUAAAUUAUGUUAGAUGUA